GAGAAGCGACUAAGUAGAAUCAUCUAUAAAAAGAUGGCGUCUCUUAAAGAGGACAGUGAAGAUCUGAGGAUCACAGAAGUGUUCACACUGAAACAUGAAGAUCCUGAGGAACAAACAGGUGAUAGAAGACUAUUAAUGACUGACUGAAACACCGGAAACCUGCUGAAGCGACUGGGCGAGUAUAAAGAUGGCGUUUAUUAAAGAGGAGAGCGAAGACAUCAGGAUUGUAGAAGUGUUCACACUGAAACAUGAAGAUCCUGAGGAAGAAACAGGUCUGAUGGAGCUGAAAGAAGAGACUCAAGAGCUUAAUGAAAUGGAGGAAGUAGAUUCGCAACAUGAUUUAAGGACUGACGAAGAAUCCACAGAAGGAGUUCAGGAGACCGAAUCUAAUUUCAAGUGCUGUCACUGCGGGAAGUGUUUCAGCAAUGAACAAAACCUUGAAAUCCACAUGAGGAAUCAGAAUGGAGAGAAGCCUUUUAUCUGCAAAAAGUGCGGAAUGGGUUUUUCCCAAAACCGAAAGCUUCACGUUCACAUGAGAAUUCACACGGGAGAGAAACGCUUUCCCUGCCCGCAAUGUGGAAAGUGUUUCACUGUAAAAUACAGCCUCCGAGUGCACAUGAGAGUCCACACUGGAGAAAACCCUUACACUUGUCCUGAGUGUGGAAAAGGCUUUAAACAGAAAAACAGCUUUAAUUACCACAUGAGAACUCACAAAGGUCUGAAAAUUGUAGAAACAGAUUCAGUCGAAGUGGACAUCUAAAAGUCGUCUUGAGAGUUUCCACUGGAGAGAAGCCUUACAUCUGGCAGAAGUGCGGAAGGCAGCAAACCUUCAAGUUCAAAAGAGAAACGUUUUGCCUGCCGACAAUGUGGAAAGUAAAAACUCCCUCUAGUACUACAUGAGAAAUCUCAAACGUUAAAGAUCUUUCAGCUGCCAACAGUGUGGAAAAAGGGUCCCGACAAAACAAAAUACAACACAAGUGUGGUGAGUGUCACACGUGGAAACUAACUAAAGGAGAUUACAUUAGUUUUCAUGGGUAACACUGGUGUUGUUUUGAAAAGUGCUGAAAGUGAAGGAGUCAGGAAGGUGGAGGUUAAUACUCGUAUGCAAAGAUGACCAAUCUCUCAGCUGAAAUUUAUGAAGGGAUUCUGGAAAGUAUCCGAGCAAUACAUCGUUUUGAGUCCUACCUUCAGACUGUGGAAUUAUAAAUGUGUAAUAUCUGGGAAUAUAAACUGACAAAGUUAUACAGAGUAUGUGUGUUCAGGCUUCCUAGUUGUAGACAGUAAUAUUUACCAUUUGGCAGGGUCCCAAAGUAAUGCAAAUGCUAAUUUCAAGGACGCUGUGCCUUAGGCCCCAUUUACACCGGCAGUUAAAUGUGACCCAAUUCUGAUUUUUGGGUUAUAUGUGACACAGAUCGGAUCUGGUCUCUGACCGUGUAAACAAGAAGAAAAAAAAACAUUCGGAUAUUCAGAGAUCUGUUUCAGGCCUUCUUCAUAUGUGGAACAGGCAAAAAACAGGCAAAUCGGAUUUAUUAAGGCAUUCCGUUUUGUACAUCAUUAAACUUGCGACAGUGUGGUACUUCUCCGUGGUUUAACGAUGUAGUAAUGAUGUAAUGAAGGAAGAGCAUGUGUGGAGACGCCAACGCAGUAAACAACAACAGAGGAAACAUGGAGGAGGAUAGUGGUCAGUGGUCGACAGCAGAAGUUACCUGCCUUCUUGCCCUGUGGGGAGAUGAGUAAGCGAAGGACUCCAUUUAUAAACCAUAGGUACAAGCUGCGAUGACGGCCCUUUCCCUCCUCCUCCGCCUCAAAAUCAUUUUAAAGUUCGGCGAACUUCAUAUUUCGCAGAGCUAAAAGCAAGACAAUUUCUUCCAUUGUGGCUAGUGUGGUGCGGAUGCUAGAACCCACCUUUACGCAUACACGAUGUCGUAAAUUGUAUGGCAAGUGUAAACGCGUGAAUCGAAUAUGGGUCACAAUUAAAAGAACGUGUAAACGGACAGGCAACGAUAUCAAACAUAGGCAGCAAAUCGGAAUUGGUCAUCAAGACCUGACAGUGUAAACAGGCCUUUGUGUCUAUGAAGUUUGGGGCAAUACUGGUACCGUAUUGAUACCGUUAUACUGAUGAGUUCAGGUCUGGGGAAGUCUGUCACCGGGCUGACUCUCCUGUACUUCAUUUGCAUGCUUUAAGAUUUGUGUCCACCUCUAUCUAUCACAUCCCGCUAAAAUGUGUAAAAUACAGAGCAACACUGCACUAUAUAGCGUUCUCGAUGACUGUAGUGGUGAGUUUUCAAUAAAAAUCCUGCUUCGAGAAA